CUGCAAGUGGUGCGGUCCCGGAGACUCUCAGAAGCCGCCCGAUGUAGAGCCGCUUCUUUGUCCCAUACCCCUGACCAUCCGUGCGUGGCACGGAGCCGGGUAUCUGCGGGUACAGCGAUGAACAGGGCAGACGUGGCCAGGCAACACUGCCAUCACACCUUUUCCCAACCCUGAAAAGUAACUCCUGAGACCUGAACUGUAGACCAUCGUUUUAAUCGGACCAAUUGCCUCUGGAACAAGCUUCUCUUUGGGGUCACAAUGACCACUGAAGGCAGAGGAAAUGUAGGCCUCAUCCUCAGGAGUACUGCUUUCCAGAAGCAGGAGGGGCGCCUGACUAUGAAGCAAGAGCCAGCAAGCCAGACCUGGGGGCAGGGCAGCAGUCUCCAAAAGAACCAUCCUCCUGUCUGUGAAAUCUUCCGGCUACACUUCAGGCGAUUAUGUUACCACGAGAUGUCUGGGCCACAGGAAGCACUGAGCCGGCUCCGGGAGCUCUGCCGCUGGUGGCUCAUGCCAGAGGUCCACACCAAGGAGCAGAUCCUGGAGCUGCUGGUGCUAGAGCAGUUCCUGAGCAUCCUCCCUGGGGAGCUCCGGACCUGGGUGCAGCUACAUCACCCUGAGAGUGGUGAGGAGGCUGUGGCUGUGGUGGAGGAUUUCCAGAGACACCUCAGUGGACCAGAGGAGGUUUCAGCCCCAGCACAGGAGCAGGAAAUUCAUUUGGAGGAGACAACAGCUCUGGCUGCAACAAAGGAAUCUCCUCCUGCAUCACCCCUCAGUGGGGGCUCAGACUUUGGAGCCCACCUGCACCCUCCUUAUGACCCAAGGACACACCACUUCGCCAAUGGGGACUUUGCUCAACCUGCUUCUCCAGUUCCUACCCUUCCUCAAGUGGGAAACUCAGGAGACCAAGCAGGGGCAACUGUACUUCGGAUGGUCAGGCCCCAGGAUACUGUGGCGUUUGAGGACCUGUGUGUAGACUAUACUCAGAAGAAUCAGAAAUGUCCUGCGCUCAGUCAGAGAGCAAUGCACUGCAACGUGAUGCCAGAUAAUGACCACAGCAUGGCCUCCUUGGCAGGUGAGAACAAGCUGGAGAGUUCAGAGUUGACUCCAAAGCAGGAAAUUUUUAAAGGAUCAAAGUCAUCUAAUAGAACAUCUGGAGAACUCUUUGGGGUGGUUCCUGGGGGAACAGAGACUGGAGAUGUUUGUGAAGAUACUUUCAAGGAGUUAGAAGGACAAACCUCAGAUGAAGAAAGGAGCAGACUAGAAAAUGAUUUCUUGGAAACAGAUGAAGAUAAGAAAAAAUUCACAAAGGACAGAUUCAACAAAUAUAAGGAAGUUGGGGAACAUACACGUCUGUCCUCCAGUCCUGCUGAAAAUGAAGAAAUUUUAAAGGGACAGAAAUCCUAUCAAUGUGAUGAAUGUGGCAAAACUUUCCAUCGGAGCUCUCACCUUAUUGGCCAUCACAGAAUCCACACUGGAGAGAAACCCUAUGAGUGUAAUGACUGUGGGAAGACCUUCAGGCAAACCUCUCAGCUCAUUGUUCAUCUCAGAACCCACACAGGGGAAAAACCCUAUGAAUGCAGCGAGUGUGGAAAGGCCUAUAGGCACAGCUCCCAUCUCGUUCAACACCAGAGACUCCAUAAUGGGGAGAAACCCUAUAAAUGUAAUGAAUGUGCAAAAGCCUUUACUCAGAGUUCCCGACUCAUUGACCACCAGAGAAUCCAUACUGGGGAGAAACCUUAUGAAUGCAAUGAGUGUGGAGAGGCAUUCAUUCGAAGUAAAAGUCUUGUUCGACAUCAGGUCCUACACACUGGUAAGAAACCUUACAAAUGUAAUGAGUGUGGGAGAGCAUUCUGUUCCAAUAGAAAUCUCAUUGACCAUCAGAGAACCCACACUGGGGAGAAGCCUUAUGAGUGUAGUGAAUGUGGCAAAGCCUUCAGUCGGAGUAAAUGUCUUAUUCGACAUCAGAGCCUCCACACUGGGGAAAAGCCAUACAAAUGUAGUGAAUGUGGGAAAGCCUUCAAUCAGAACUCUCAACUUGUUGAGCAUGAGCGAAUUCAUACUGGAGAAAAGCCUUUUGAAUGUAGUGAAUGUGGUAAGGCAUUCAGUCUGAGUAAAUGUCUUAUUCGGCACCAGAGACUUCACACUGGUGAAAAGCCCUAUAAAUGCAAUGAGUGUGGAAAGUCCUUCAAUCAAAACUCACACCUUAUUAUACACCAGAGAAUUCACACUGGUGAGAAACCCUAUGAAUGUAAUGAGUGUGGGAAGGUAUUCAGUUAUAGCUCCAGCCUUAUGGUACAUCAGAGAACCCAUACUGGGGAAAAACCUUAUAAAUGCAAUGAUUGUGGGAAAGCUUUUAGUGACAGCUCACAGCUUAUUGUGCACCAGAGAGUUCACACCGGAGAGAAACCUUAUGAAUGUAGUGAGUGUGGGAAAGCCUUUAGUCAGCGUUCCACUUUUAAUCACCACCAGCGAACUCAUACUGGAGAGAAGCCCUCAGGUCUGGGUUGGUCAGUUUCUUAGGGUAUGGUUCUCUCAGACAGAGAGCAAGGACUUUGAGUUAAGCUUUCUUUAUAAGAAGGAUGCUCACAUUGGUUUCCCAGAGCCACUAGUCACGGUGAUUGCCUACUUGCUUUUCCUUGGAUCACUAAGGUAGGAGAGUAGGAGUAACUUAUUCCAAUUCUUAUCCACCUGUUAGGAAGACAAGGACUACACAUGUCAUUUAAUUGUAGGUUUCCUUUUUUUCUUUAUUUUUAAAUUUUAACUAUUUUAAAAUCUAUUUCAUUUCUUAGUUAUGCAUCUCAAAAUCAGACUCCAUGCUUUUCAAAGACAGAGAUAACAUCUGUAUUCUAUCCUACUUCCUCCAUUUCAUCAUUUAUACAAAGUCAUUCAACAAGGCUGAUUCAUGCCUUCCUGCCUCUUGGCUGUGGCCCUCCCCCAUCUACUCUUUAAACUUUAAUUUAUAGCCUUCCAUUGCUUUCAUUCCUUAUCUAGGAAACAUUUUAUUUUGUUUGCUAAUCUUUGUCUCUCACAAUUUUUGAAAUCCAUCUCAUCUCUUAAGUACUUUCUUCUUCAAAUGCUUCUUUAUUUUUCUUCAACUUCUCUUGAUUUGACCUCAAUGCUUUGAAUUCACUGGUGCUACAAUAUGUAACUGUUGUUAAAUUGCCUUGUAAAUUUUGCGUGUCUGUAUACUUUAUAAUAACUUGUAGGCUCUUUGAGGUCAGGUAUGUAUUUCUUUCCAAUAUAGAUGGUAUUUUGUACACAUCAGUUGUUAAAUAAAUAAUUUUUAAAACCUCAACUCUCAUAUUGAAUUAUCCUUAAAGUAUGCACAAUCUUUCUCCCCUUCCCAGCUGGACUAGAUGCCUCCUUUUUUUGUUUGUUUGUUUUUGAGAUGGAGUCUUACUCUGUUACCCAGGCUGGAGUGCAGGGGUAUAAUCUCAGCUCACUGCAACCUCCACCUCUCGGGUUCAGGUGAUUCUCUUGCCUCAGCCUCCCAAGUAGCUGGUACUACAGGUGUGCACCACCACGCCCAGCUAAUUUUUGUAUUUUUAGUAGAGACUGGGUUUCACCAUUUUGGCCAGGAUGGUCUUGAUCUCUUGACCUCGUGAUCCUCCCUUUUUGGCCUCCCAAAGCACUGGGAUUACAGGCAUGAGCCACCGUGCCUGGCCAGGACUAAAUGCUUUGAAAGAUGAAAGUCCAUCUCAUCAUAAAAUAUCAUAUACAGAAAUCUCAUUCAUAUCUUUUGCAUGUACUCCUGGAAGUGUUACUGCUGUUACUUUAGCCUCAAAAUGCGAAUGGAUUUGUGCGUGUGUGUAUGUAUGUGAAAGAGACGUGUGUGUGUGUUUGUGUGAAUGUGUGUGUAACUAGGUAUUUAGUUAGACAGUCAUAUCCCACUGAUAUGGACUUUGCCCUUCAUGCUAAUUCUGGUUCUGAACUUGCUGACUGUACUCUGUUUCCUAAAUUAACAGAUUAAGAACUGUGUCAAAAUUUACUGCACAGAAGACUUGACUUUCAUAGCAGUGGUACAGAUGAUUGAAAAUCCAGCUGGCAGCAUUCUCUGAUGUUUGGAAUUCACUAUGGCGAGGCUUGUGGCAAGACAAUAGAUUCACAGUAAUCUGUUUUCCUUAUUAAUUAGUCCUAUCUACCUACAACUGCCAUCUUAAUUUAAAGAUGAGAGCUGUACUUUUAAUUAUCAUAAUUGUCUUCUGAACCAUCUUUAAUUCCCCAAAGAUAUAAGAAAAUAAAUUUCAGCAGAUUUUCUCUCCUUUUGCCAUCACAGGUCAGUCCAUGAGCUUUAACAACUUUUCCCUUCCACCCUUGCAAUAUGGCCCAGAUCUAGGGAACCUUUGCUUCUGGUGUUCACCACUUCUUUUUCCAUCCCCUAAACUUAUCUUAAUAGGUUGACAGGAUCUGCAGUGUGACAGAGUAGAGGAGGAGGCUAGAGGAGCCACGUCAGUUAUAUAAUCUGGAGGGGAAAUUUUGUGAGGUGUGGUAUAUGUCUUGACAUAGAAGAAAGGGUGGAAUUGAGGCAUAAGAAAGUAAGAUUAGAUGUGUUUCUAAGGGAGACAUCUCAGACAAGUUUAGAAAGAAUAAUAGGAGUCCAGAAAACAUUAUUAUUGAACUCAGGACACAACUGAAAAUUUGCCACUUAUGAAUAUAUAUUUUAAAUUUGUUUUCAACUAUAUAUUUGGUAUGUGUUUCUGUUUUCAUUUUGGAAGAUAUGCCAAUGAGACUUUUCAUUGUUUUAAUUUGGAAGUUCCCAGAUCCCAUGGGCAAGCCCAACCCUAUAUGAGCACAUGGGUCCAGCUCUCCACCCUGAGUUGGACGUUUCUGGUUAAGUCUUCAAUGUAAAGAUCCUGCCCAUUAGGUGCUGCAAUUUUACCUUCUGGUUCUUCUCUGCUCAUCGCCUACCACACUAACCCUCUAGAGGGAGGGAACCUGCACUCUUCAUGGCUAAGGUGGGAAUAGUAGGGAAAAAAGAGUACAUGUGGGGAAUACUACACCAGCGUGGUAUAGUUUUUAUUAAACUUGACUCCCUUGACAUCCUUAAAAGCCUCAGGCUUUUGGAUAGAGGAAAAUUGGCUGCAUUUGAAAGCCAUAUCUCAAAUUCUAUUGGUUAUUCCUAGUAUAAAGUUAAAAAAAAAUUUUAAAUCCAAGUUGUUUUGUUGCUGAAUAAUUUUUAGUUUUAAUUGUUUUUCAGUUUUAUUUUCUAGGUAUAUAAUAAAUUAAUGACUCCUUUAGGUUUUAAUUUUCUUUUUUUUUUCUGGGAGACAGGGUCUCAAUUGCUUGCCCAGGCUGGAGUACAGUGAGGUGACCACAGCUCACUGCAGCCUCAACUUUCCAGGCUCAGGUGAUAUUCCCACUUCAGCCUCCUGAGUAGCCAGGACUAUAGGUGCGUGCCACCAUGCCCAGCUAAUUUUUUAUAGAGAUGGGUUUUCACCAUGUUGCCAAGGCUGGUCUUGAACUCCUGGGCUCAAGUGAUCCCCCGUCUUGGCCUACAGUAGUGCUGAGAUUACACGUGUGAGCAGCCUUAUUUUCAAUCUUAUGUCACUUAUGUUGUGCAUUAGCAAGAACUUCCAAAAAUGUUCAGUAGUAUGGAUAACAGGGUCAUCUAUGUCUUAAAUCUCAGGAGGGAUGUUUUUAGUAUUUCACAUUUUCAUUCUCAUUCAUUGUUGGAUACCAAUAAAUAUUCUGUUGCAUUUAGGAUGUUUCCUUCUAAUCUUAUUUCUAGAAGAAGCAGAGUAAUAAAGUGGUUACGAGCACAGAUUUGGGCUGGGCGCGGUGGCACAUGCCUGUAAUCCCAGCACUUAAGGAGGCUGCGGGUGGAUUACUUGAGGUCAGGAGAUUGAGACCAGCUUGGCUAACAUGGCAAAAUCCCAUCUCUACUAAAAAUACAAAAACUGACUGGGUAUGGUGGCGAGCAUCUGUAAUCCCAGCUACUUGGGAGGCUGAGGCAGAACUGCUUGAAUCUGGGAAGAGGAGACUGCCGUGAGCCAAGAUUACACCAUUGCACUCCAGCCUGGGUGAAAAGAGUGAGACUUCAUCUAAAAAAAUAACAACAACAACAACAACAAAAGCAUGUUUUGUUCCCAGAAAUUCUGGGUCCAAUCAGAUGUGGUAGGUCACACCUGUAAUCCCAGUGCUUUGGGAGGUGAAAGCAGGAGGAUCACUUUUUCAGGUCAGGAGUUUGAGACCAGCCCAGGCAACAUGUCAAGACCUUGUCCCUAAAUAAAUAAAUAAAAUAUUAGUUGGGUGUAUUGGUAUAUGCCUUUAGUCCUAGCUACUCAGGAGGCUGAGGAAGGAGGAUUGCCUAAGCCUGGAGGUUGUGGCUCUGAUGAGUUAUCAUCACACCACUGCAAUCCAGUCUAGGCAAUAGAGUGAGAAUAUGUCUUUAAAAAAAAUCUGCAUGCCCAUCACUUUGUUAGGUGUGUGACUGUGGGAAAAUCACCUAGCUUUCUUGUGUCUCAGCUCUUCUGUCUAUAAAGUGGAGCUACUUCCUAGGGUCACAAGGAUUAAAUUAGUCAAUAUGCACUACUUAAAACAGUGCUUGACACAUAUUAUACACUAUAGUAAAUAUUAAAGUUUUUUUAGUAAUGGUUGCUAAGUUCUAUCAAGUUAUAAAAAAUCAAAAAGUUCUCAAAUAAUUGAAAUUUUGUUGUAUUCCUGGGAUAAAUCUAUUUGUUGUUUUUUAAGUUCAGAAGUAGAUUCAGUUUGCCACAUUUUGCUGGCUGUGCAAAAUGAAUUUGGAAUUUUUUUCUUUUAUUAUUCUGGAAGAGUGUGUAAUACAGCAGUUAUUCCUCGAAGGCUAGCUAGAAAUGACACAUUUAGAUAGAUAGAUAAAUUUUUGCCUGGUGUUUGUAUGUGGCAAGGUGUAGGGACUUAUUUUAGCAUACUUUCAGUUUUUUUCAAUGGUUAUGGCCUAAAGGUUUUCUACUUCUGUGUAAAUUUUUCUAAUACGUAUCUGGAAAUUGUAUUUACUAUUCUGUCAAACAUUGGCAUAAAGUUAUACGUAGUAUUCUGUACGAUUAUUUUCCUCUGUUUUGUAUAUGUAGUUAGACCUCCUUUUCCAUAUAUAGUCAUUCCUCAGUAUCCACAGGGAAUUGGUUCCAGGAUGCCCCCCUCAGAUACCAAAGCCCUCAGAUGCUCCCUUACACUCAGCCUUCCAUAUCCUUGGAAUAUGUGGAUGCAGAACCCAUGAAUACAGAGGGUCAGCUGUAUAAUGUUUUACAUUUUGAUUUCCUUUCCAUUUUUUAUUUUCCUUUCAGGACUACCAAAGGUAGUGUAUUUUGUUUCCCUUUUUAAAUUUCAUUUUUCUUGAAUUUUUUUCAUAUGUUCUUUUACUGCCUCACGUUUCUGAGGCUUUGCAUUGCCUUCAAAUACAUUUGUUAUUUUCCUCAUUAGUAAAUGAUGAGGGCUUUCCAGUCCUUAAUUUGUCUGUAAAUAGGGAAAAUGGAUUUUCCUUGUAUCCCUUUAUAUUCCAAGUAGGUGCUGUUAAAACUGUCUCUUUAGCUCUGAAGCUAGAAGGUUAAUUGUAAAUUUAUAUAACUAUGUACUUCAGCAGUAGGGAAGCAGCUUCAUAUUUUGCUGAACUGGUUGAAAAUUCUUCACUCAGGGCCAGCUUUUAAAUCUACCUUUCUUUUUGGCUCAGCCUCCAGGCUAGUUAUCCAGUGGAGCCUCCUUCCAAGUUCUCUGCCUCAUUGGAAAUAGCUUGGUUGUGAAAAACUGAAUGUGGAAAACCCUUCAGUAACAAGUCAUUACUCCACAUUGGAAACAAAAUCUUUUUUUUUUAAGUGACAGGUCUCAUUCUGUCACUCAGACUGGAGUGCUAUGGUGUGAUCACGGCUUACUGCAACCUCAACCUCCUAGGUUCAAAGGCUCUUUGCACCCCAGCCUCCUGAGUAGUUAGGACUACAGGCACAUGUCACCACACCUGGCUAACUUUAACAUUUUUUUUAUAGAGACAGGGGUCUUACUAUGUUGCCUAGAAUAGACUUGAACCUCUGGCUUCAAGCAAUCCUCCUUAGGCCUCCCAAAGUGCUGGGAUUACAGGUAUGAGCCACCAUACCCCGCCCUAGCAAACUAUUCUUAAGAUAUGUGAAAAACCAUUCAGUUGUAGCAAACAUCAUACACCAGAGACUUUGUUUGACAUCAGAUAAAUCACAUGGGUUAGAGAGCUUUUUGGUUUUUGGAGGUCAAGGAAUCAUUCAUCAUGAACUUCUAUGUUUUAAACAUAUUUCUGAAAAAUAUUCCUGAAGUAGAAAAAUUUUCUGUUAUAUAACACAUAGUUUCUGGUACAUGAGGGAAUCCACAAAAAGAGGUAGCAGUAAACAGCGUUAUAGAACUUCCAAUUUAAUAUUUUUUUAGUCAAACAAUUCAAACCCAGGAGACAGUUUAGGUGGUCAAACAUGGUAAAGGUGCUAGGAGUGGUAUAUUUAUUCACUUAUCUCUUAAACAUGCAAAGAAAAUAUUCCACAGCCACACCCUCGUCAUAAACUCCAGCCUGGUCAUUCAGUUGCUAAAUCCAGUAGGAAAGAUCAAGAGAUGGUGGAUGUUAACAAGUUAUUGAGUACUGUCCCAUGUUGGGAGACAGUUUCUGUCAAGGUGUUGACAUGGAUUCCUGAAAACUUCUAGGGAUUAGGGACAGAGUAUGAAUUUGUAAAUUGUGAAUACCCACAUGGCACUAUAAAAAAAAAAAAAGGAAAGUAAAUCCCCUAUCCCUAACAUCAGGUCAUGUUCUGCCCUGAUGGGGACCAGUAGAACUUGCCACAGCUGGGUACAGGGAAGGUGCUAUGAUUACAGCUGGCUCCAGAAGUACCUAGUGGUGGAAGUACUUGAUCCAGGAUAGAACAUUUUAGAUUUAUUAUUCACCAAACCACAACAGUCCACCACUAAUAUAUGCACAGGGUCUCUUUACCCAGGUGAAUGUCAAGUAGGGUGAGAUGCGGACUCCCUUUUAAGGCAUAUGAGUGCUUUACCUGAAAACACAAUAGGAGAGCAAUGUAUGAUGGCCCACCUUUCUGGCCUAUGGGUAUUCAUGAAAUGAUACCUGGUUAAGAAUUGUCAACAGACUAAAAUUACAAUGUUUUUCCCCAUCAGAUGGCCCAGUCCACAAACUUAAAAUGACCCGACCAAAUAGAUGUUGAUUUCAUUUACCCAAAUGAGUGAGAAUUUCUUUGGCAGAUAGAUGUCGUAAUAAAUAUUGAAAUUGCUGAGUAUUUAGGCAAUUGUGACACAAAAAAACACCCUGAUUUCUGAGCAGUGACAUGAAUAGAUUUUUGUAGGAAAAAGUAUGCUUGUGGAUGAGGGCAAUAGAAGCUGGAUAAAGGUAGGCUAGAAUCCAUUUUUAACAUACAUUCAAAUGAUUCUUAUGUCCUCUAAAAUUUGAGAAUGACUGGACUAGAAUAUUAAGGAGCAAUCAUUUCUGCCUGGGACCAGAUAUGGGUCAGAAUGAAUGACCCCACCUACCCAAAUGAAAGUGUCGGUGAAAGGCUUAGACUAAGUAAGUUGAAGAUCACAGCUGCACUAAUGUACAUGAAUAUUCUUCUUAAGUGUUUCCUGAUGUGGUGGCAAUAGUCUUGUGCUCUUCAACAGAGUGUCCUGAGUUCUACGUCCUACAUCAACUGAGGGUGUCAACUUGUGGAGGACUUAUGUCCAAAUCUCUUUUUCAAUCUCUAUAAAAUGUAGCAGAGUUGUGCCACCUACAUGAGCCAAUGGAGAGGAAAUCUCCUGGUAUAAUUUAAGUAUUCAACAAUAUUAAAUAUCGAGUAUUUGUCAAUUGAUGAAGUACUUCAAAAGCUUGAUUCUCAGACCCCUUCUAAGAUAGAUUAUUCCCUAGAUUGUCUCAUCCUGUUCUGAAAACUUCCAAAUUUACAUCUUUAGCUGAACUCCAGAACUCCAGGCUCCUAUUCCAACUGCCUGUUUGGCAUUUCCUCUUUGAUGUCUAAUUGACAUCUUUAACUUAACAGAUCCAAAACAAAACUAUUAAUCCCUCUUCCUAAACCUGUUCCUUUCAAGCCACUCCAUUUCUAAAAGACCAUCCUAUGCUAGUUGCUCAGAUCAAUAACCAUGGAGUCACCAGUAACCAACAUUCAAUUCAGUAAAUCAUGCAGGCCAUGCCUUCAAAAUAUAUGCAGAACCAUUUCUCACUACCUCCAUCACUUUUAAGCCUGUCCAAGCCACUAUCAUUCCUCAUCUGGAAUAUUGUAAUGGCCUCUUAAUCUCUCUGCUUCUACUCUUACCCACCUUCAGACCGUUCUCAACAGGACAGCCAAUGCGAACUAAAAAUAUAAGUCACAGAGCAAAACUCAUGCAAGGUUUAUGUUAGAAUGGCUAAGGACAGACAGCAAAGAAUUCACAGAAUUUAUAGGAACAGGUUUCUUGGCUUCUUUCAUGUCUCAUAGCUAACAAGUCUUUGAAUAUGUGGCAAGGGAAAAAAAAAAGUUAGAUCAUGUCAUUCCUCUGUCCCCAAGCCCUCCAUCUGUUAUGCAGAGCAAAUCCAAAGCCCUUACCAUAGUCUACAAGGUCCUAAAUAUGCACCCUCUCCACCCCACUCCUGAUUAAAGAAUUUUGCUCCUUUGCUACCUAUGGGAAUACUCUUCCCCUAGAUAGCCACAUAGUUCAAUUGCCCACUUCCUGUCUCUGCCCGCCCUGUCAUCUGUAAAAUAAUCCCACCACCAUCUCCCUCUCUCCCUUUACUACUACGUUCUGCAUAUUUAUCAUUGUCUCCCUUGACUUGAAUGUAAACCCAAUGGGGCAGACAGUUCAUUUUCUUCACUACUGUAUUGGCAGGGCCUGGAACAGUUAAGAGUAGGCACCCAAAACGUCUCUUCAUAUGCUGCUAAUAAACCAUAGCUGAUCCUGGCUUUGAGGCUGGAAGACGCAGAUCUGUGGAAGGAAAGAUGAUCUCUGCUCAGCAACCGGAGCUGGGGGUAUAACUUCAGGGAGUCUCAGCCUGAGGCUGGCAGCCUGGCCAUCCAGAGGCUAGGUCACUUUCCGCCCUAACCAAGCCCCCCGCCCACCUUCCACCUCUUCCAGCGCCCUCCUGACAUUGGCUGAACUCGCCAAGCCCUCCCAUCCAAUGAUAGGGCAAAGCCCGGGAGGGAGGCGGGGCCAGAGCGCCGGCGGACUGCGAGGGGCUUCCGAGGGGCGAGGGGACUCCGGCCCGCGGGCACAGAGAUGUGAAAACCUCACGCAGCCUAGAAGGGCAGGAGGGGCAGGCAGCGGACCGUCCGGGUAAUAGCGACCAGGCUCUCAGAGGACUCCACAGCCCCUGGUGACUCCAGACCCUCUUAGGAACUUCUUCACUGAACCCAAGGAGGAGAUCAGGCAAGAGCUGUGCUGGGCAGAUCCUUUGGAUUGAGGCUGCUGUGCACAGGAACAUGGGCCUAUCUACUUAGAAAGAAGGUAAAGGAUUGGCUUCUGGAGCCUCCUCUGGACAAAGGCAACAAGCAUCCUGAGACCCUGGGUCCUGUCUCUGCACCGUUCCAGUCCGAAACACAGCGGCCGGUUCUUGUUUGAUGUAAGGAAUGAGGGCUUAUUCCAAAGGCUCAGGAGUUCCGCCUCUCCUCUCGCGCGCUAGGAAAAGAAACGAACCAUGGAGAUGUGUCUUCCUAGAGAUCCCGGAUGAGGGGCGGGGAGCAACCGGAAGUCGCAGUGUCCACGGCUCGGCCAUUAUUCUGUGCCUCGGCUGCCGCAAGGGUCCGUUCCUGUGUCAUCUCCUAGCGGCCUGGCGCCGAGGCGGCGGUACCCAAGGCUGGAGCCGCAGCGGGAGCCCCCGCUUGCCAGAUUAAAGCUUUAUCGUGGACUGGUGUUUGGAAACCGUUGUUUUAGAACAGUUGUUUGGGUUUCAUAAGUUUCUUCGUAGAUGGAAUUGUUUUGGACUUCUGGAAUUAGAAUCCCUGAAAUCAGAAUUUGUUCCCACAUCUCAACUAGCUAAGUGCCCUUGGAUUAGUUCCUCUGAUCCUUUUGUUCUUUUUAACUUCUGCCUUGAAAACCUUUUGUGAGAAGCAAAUAAAAUGCAUAUUUAAUAA